UCGACAAAUUUUGUGCGCGGCGGUUCUUUAUUUCUUUGAAUAAAAUGGAGGAUAUUGUGAUAGAGCCUGAUAAUACGAAUGGCGACAAGCGGCAUACACGUUUGAUAUCGGACGACAGCAGCGUGGAAGCACAGGACACGGAAAGCCCCAAAUCAGCAUCGGAAAUCGCUACCCCGUAUGUGGAUAAGGAAGCGGAAGCUACAAAGGAAAGUUUAAAAGACGAUGUCCCCCCUUCAACCGAAGCAAAAAAUACUAGCACUGAGAGUAAGCAGGAAGUAGAGCAAGAUUCAGCCCUAGAACCGAAAACCACAGCUGAUUCCGCUGCACCGCAAGUUGACCCCUUAGAAGUGGUGCCAAGCAGUAAAGAGAAGAUUGAAGAAAACGUAGAAAUAAAAAAUAUCGAAGGAAAAGAAACAUCUCAAUCAGAGACUAUCGAAGCGAAAGUAGGUGAUAUCAAGAUGACUGAAACACCCGAGGAAAGCCAAACGAUGGAAGUCGAGGAAGAACGACCUACAGAGACAAAGCCGGAUAGUGCAGUGAUUUCAAUAGAAAAACAGAUUGUUGAACAGCAACAGCUUGAGAAACUGGCUGUACAGAAUAUCACGGGAAACAGUUCCUUGUCGCUACUUAGUCAGUACGCGGGAAGUUCCGAAGAUUCGGCAUCUGAUUCGGAUAGCAUGGAAGAAGCUGAAAAGAAGCUUCCCUCGUCCUCAUCCUCGGAAGAUGAGGAUGAUGUACAGGAAACGAAAGAGCACGUUCUGGCUGAGAGCUAUCGCUACCGCGAGGAUCCCAUUCUGGUUAGUGAUGCAGAAACCAUGGACACAAACGUCGUGUCGUCCGAUGAUGAAGAAGGAGACAACACUGCCAAGGCAGGUCCGCUUCGCACGAAAGGAGAAAUUCUCUUGCACGAGAUGCCACCGAUCGAGGAGCUAACGAUUACGGUUCCCGAGGAGGAAUGCCAACCAAUCGGUCGCAUCGAUUCCAUUGUCGCCCAGAUCGUACUGGUGCAGUCGGAACCGGGCGUGGAGCUCCUUAACCUGGAGACCGUUCUGUUUCUUGAUCGCGGAAAACGAACUUUGGGCAAAAUCUUUGACGUCAUCGGGCAGGUGAACAGGCCAAUCUAUUGCGUACUGUUCAAUUCGAACCAGGAGGUACUGGCCAAAAACAUUACCGUUGGGAUGGAGGUGUUCUGUGCGCCCCGGACCGAACACACUUCGUUUAUCAUUCUAUCGGAGUUGAUGCGAAUGAAGGGUUCGGAUGCAAGCUGGAUGAACGAUAAUGAGCCACCGCCACAUAUGGUCGAGUAUUCCGAUGAUGAAUCAGAACGGUAUGCUAGAAAGGGUCACAAGAAGGGUGCCAAUGCGAAAGAACCCCCGGGGCAAAACGUACAGUCCCAACAAAACCCACAACAGUACCAACAGCAUUAUCAACGAUCGCACCACCAACCGAGAGGCCAGUUUCGGCGUCCCACAGGAAACUACCGAAGAAAUAAUUACCCGCGGCGACCAUCGGGAUACAGUUGGCAUCAUAAUUUAAACCAACCUGACCAUCAACGACAGCAGCAACCGCAAGGUUCCUCCCAACAGUCGCAUAAUCCCACCAUGCUACCGAAUCCGUUCGCUGCAUUUCGACAACCGCCCUCUUCUGGACCACAGUAAUCGUGAUCAUGUUUUUCUGUGCUGAAGAUGGAAUGAGCAUUCGAUGUUUAAAAAAAAACCCGCGUCCACACAGAUAAAGGCAAAAGCUGUUUUGAAUUAACACGCAGGGCUACGUGUUGUGUAAGAAUUGAGAUGUUCUCAGUGAAAAGAUGUGAAUUUGAAAUAAAGUAAGGAUUGAAUUUUUAUCUAGAAA